GGACCGAUAGCAAUUCGAGUUAGCGCAAGCCAGAAUGCAGAGCUUCCCAACCCGACCUCAGCACUACAACAAUCUUUUGCCUUGCGCUUCACUCUCCCGUCCACGCUCAUUUGACCUCCCCUUCACCCGCGCACUCCUUCGUCCUCCCUCCCCUGCACGCGUAGCUUGAGCCUUCUACCCAGAAAAGCGCGGUGCCGUGGCCAGGAAGGAUGUCAAUGCUCUCGAGAGCUUCAAGGGGACUGCCCUCGCAUGCGGCAUGGAGCGGGUUUUGCAGGACACAUAAUGUCGUCUCACGACGAUUACCCACGCUCUCGGCGCUCGCGCGAUACUAUGCGGAUAAAUCCUACCCCUCACACACCGUCAUCUCCAUGCCUGCCUUGAGCCCCACCAUGACUGCAGGCAACAUCGGCACGUGGCAGAAAAAGGUGGGCGAGAGCAUCAGCCCCGGCGAGGUGCUGGUGGAGAUCGAGACCGACAAAGCCCAAAUGGACUUUGAGUUUCAGGAAGAGGGUGUGUUGGCGAAGAUCUUGAAGGACAGCGGGGAGAAGGAUGUCCCCGUAGGCAACCCGAUUGCUGUCAUGGUGGAGGAAGAAGGCGACGUGUCUGCUUUCGAGAACUUCACUGUGGAAGACGCGGGCGGAGACAAGUCGCAACAGCAGUCGAAGCAGGAUGACAAGGGUGGUGAAGAGGCGGCUGAAUCGAAGAAGGAAGAGAAGUCGGAACCGAAAGAGGAGAAGAAGGAGGCUGCCCCAGCGGCUCAAGAAUCGCAGUCUACAGGCGAGAGACUAGAGCUCAGCUUGGACCGUGAAGGUGGCAUCGCUCCGGCAGCGAAGAAGGCUGCUCUUGAGAAGGGCGUUCCCAUCUCCGCGAUCAAGGGCAGUGGACCAAACGGACGGAUAAGCAAGAAGGACGUGGACAACUACAAGCCAUCCGCUGCGCCCGCCGCUGCCGCCGGUGGAGCAGCAGUGCCCAACUACGAAGACAUCGAAGCGUCGUCCAUGCGCAAGGCCAUCGCCUCGCGCCUCCGACAGUCCUGGAAUGAGAACCCACACUACUUCGUCUCCUCCAGCGUCUCCGUCACCAAGCUGCUGAAACUCCGCCAAGCACUGAACGCCGCCGCAGACGGCAAGUACAAACUCAGCGUCAAUGACUUCCUUAUCAAAGCUCUGGCUCUGGCAGCGCGCAAAGUCCCUGUCGCGAAUAGCAGCUGGCGUGAGGAAGGCGGCAAAGUCGUCAUCCGCCAGCACAACACCGUCGAUGUGAGCGUGGCCGUCGCAACACCCGUCGGCCUCAUCACGCCCAUCGUCCGAAACGUCACCGGCCAAGGCCUCGAGGCUAUCUCCACUCAGAUCAAGGACCUUGGCAAGCGGGCACGAGACAACAAGCUUAAGCCGGAGGAAUAUCAAGGCGGCACCAUCACCAUUUCCAACAUGGGCAUGAACGACGCCGUCGAACGAUUCACGGCUGUGGUUAACCCCCCGCACGCCACGAUCGUGGCCGUCGGUGCAGUCAAGAAGGUUGCAAUCCCCAGGGAAGCCGAGGACGGACUGGUAGAUGGCGUGGAAUGGGACGAGCAGAUCGUGCUGACCGGCAGCUUCGACCAUAAGGUCGUCGACGGCGCGGUCGGCGGCGAGUUCAUGCGGGAGCUGAAGAGGGUGGUGGAGAAUCCGCUGGAGAUGAUGCUGUAGGUUUACGGAGAUGGACGUCGCGUGGGGCAGCUGUUGGGAUUGAGUCUGCGUGCUGGGACCGGCAACUUGUACAGUGAGCUCAUUU